GAUACUGAAGAACUAACAGAGUUGAUUGAAGAUAAUGAGGAGAAAAAAGAAUUGAGUGAAUCUGAGGAGAAAAACCAUGUCAGAAGUGUAGAAAACCCCAAACAGAAAGAUUUAAAGAGAAGAAGAGCCAAGAAAUCUUUCACCUGCACUCAGUGUGGAAAGAGUUUCACAUACAAACAUAUUCUUGAGCUUCACAUGAGAGUUCACACUGGAGAGAAACUGUUCACUUGUGAUCAGUGUGGAAAGAGUUUCACACGCAAACGUCAUCUUGAUGUUCACAUGAGAGUUCAUACUGGAGAGAAACCGUUCUCUUGUGAUCAGUGCGGGAAGAGCUUCUCACAAUCAUCAAACCUCAAAGAUCACAUGAACAUCCACACUGGAGAGAAACCGUACACUUGUGAUCAGUGCGGGAAGAGUUUCACACAAUCAUCACACCUUAAGAAACACAUGAGCAUCCACACUGGAGAGAAACCGUACACAUGUGAUCAGUGCAGCAAAACAUUUUUCUGUAAAUCUGGCCUUACAGACCAUAUGAGAGUUCAUACUGGAGAGAAACCAUUCACCUGUGAUCAGUGCGGGAAGAGUUUCUCACACUCAUCAAACCUUAAGAUACACAUGAACAUCCACACUAGAGAGAAACUGUACACAUGUGAUCAAUGUGACAAAACAUUUUUGAGAGCUUCAGGCCUGAAGCAGCACCUGAGAGUUCAUACAAAGGAGAAGCCACAUUCAUGUCAUUUGUGUGGAAAGAGUUUUUCACGUCCAGAACAUUUAAAAGUGCAUCAGAAAGUACAUACUGGUGUGAGAGAGUACAUGUGCUUUGAGUGUGAGAAGACUUUUACUACAGCGAACCAUUUAAAACUGCAUGAGAGGAUCCACACUGGAGAGAACUGGUCCAACGGCACCGGCAGAGGUGCUUCUGGCAAUGAUGCCUAG